UUGUCGUUGAUAUCUCUUAACUUGUCCCAUUAUCCACUGUCGAUGCGCCAUUCGCAGCCUUCGUUUCUUCUUCUAAGCCCUCAGCACAAACGUACUCUCUCUUUCUAUCUUCUCCCAACGUAAGAGAUUCUGAGAAAAAGGAAAAGUUUGGAAGAAGAGUGUUGAGGGAACAAGACCACGAUGCUUGGUAUGGCCACUCUUACUUUGGGUUCAUCAACCGCAAUGGUGGCUCAGAACCAUGCUCAACAACACCAUGCCACCACUCUUGCCUCAGCCAAUGGACACAGAAGGCACAGUGUUUCCAACAGGACUUACUCCUCUCCCAUGAGUUUGGUGUCUCCCACCAACAAAAGCUUCACUUUUCUCUCUUCCUUCAAGGAAUCACCACGUGCACGCCCCUUCACCACAGCUGUUGCAUCUGUUGAUUCUGACCAGCUCAACUCUUCUGAUCCUCCCACCAAGAAUGAAGCAAACAAGUAUUAUUUUGUUGUUGCAAAUGCAAAAUUUAUGUUGGAUGAGGAGGAGCAUUUCCAGGAGCAAUUGUUUGAGCGGAUCCGUCUCUUUGGGGAGCGUAAUCAAGAACAGGAUUUCUGGCUUGUCAUUGAGCCUAAGUUCUUGGAUAAGUUCCCUAACAUUACCAAGAGGUUAAAGAGACCUGCUGUUGCUCUUGUGUCAACCAAUGGUACCUGGAUCAAGUUCAUGAAAUUGAGACUGGACCGAGUUUUAUCUGACAGUUUUGAAGCUGAGAGCCUAGAAGAAGCAUUAGCUUUCACUCCUACUGAUUUGAAGUUUGAGAAGCCUGAGAAAUGGGUGGCACCCUAUCCCAAAUAUGAAUCUGGAUGGUGGGAACCCUUCUUGCCCCCUGUUCAGAACGAGGUGAAGCCUUAAGAUAGUCUUUAUCAACACUGUUUCAGUGCUUGGUAGUCUUAAAUCUUUUUCUCUAAUGUUUCUGUUCAAGUGCAGCUGGAUGGUAGUUAAAGAAGGCUAAAUUUGCAUUCAGUUUUGUAUUUUUGGGAGGCAGUAUGAUUAUUUAAGUUGAAGUGUUUCCCUUAGGAUCUAAGUUGUAGGAAUUGCAUUUUAUGUCUAUCAAAUGAGCUAAGUAUGUAUAUUGUUAUGAGAUUGAUGUUCUCUGUUUCUAGAAAUGUAUGUGAAGGCGUGCAACUUAAUAUAUUUUUUUUAUCUUUUGAAUA